AGUCACUUAAUUCAUUUCACUUCACUUCACUUCACAUAAACGACGAACAGGGGACGAGGAGUGAGUGCUCGGCACUGGGUUCCGUUCCAGUUGGCGUGACGUCUGUUGGGUGCAUAUUUUGACGCACACUUUGCGUUUCAAGUGCCUUUCUUUGGUUGUUUUUGGGUUGCACUGCUGCUGCUCUGUGGAUAAGGGUGUCACGGUGGUCAUGGCGCUCCUUCUACCUGUUUCCAACAUGCUUUGCUCCUCCAGCAUCGCCACGGGUGCCGCUGCGGCUCCCGUGCCUGCUGCUGCUGUGGGUGCUAACCUGGGCGCUUUCAGGUCGACGCAUCGUGGGCGACGUGCGGAUCUUUCCCUUCGUGGGUUUGGUGCUUCGGAUAGCCGGGCGCAGAGGUGCUUUCCGACGCGGUCGAAGUCGAAUUUGAUAUGGUCCGCUUCUGCGAGUGUGAAGGAGGCUGCGCCUGUGGCUGGCACCAGGAGUGACGAAGGAGGGAAGAAGAAGAAAGUGAUGAUCAUUGGUGGAGAUGGGUACUGUGGCUGGGCCAGUGCGCUUCAUCUUUCGAAGCAGGGUUUUGAGGUCGCGGUCGUGGAUAAUAUGUGCCGGAGGCUCUUCGACGAGCAGCUUGGUUUGCAGACCCUUACUCCCAUUGUUUCCCUGUCGAAGAGGGUGAAGAGGUGGAAAGAUGUGUCGGGUAAGGAGUUGGCUGUCUAUGUGGGUGAUAUUUGUGAUUUCGAGUUUCUGGAGCAUGCGUUUAAGACGUUCGAGCCUGAGGCAGUGGUUCAUUUCGGCGAGCAGCGCUCUGCCCCGUACUCUAUGAUGGAUCGAAGUAGGGCCGUGUUCACGCAGCACAACAACGUCAUCGGAACCAUGAAUGUGAUGUUUGCUAUCAAGGAGUUUGCACCUGACUGCCACUUGGUGAAAUUGGGAACCAUGGGCGAGUACGGUACCCCUAACAUUGACAUCGAGGAGGGGUUUAUCACUAUUACGCACAACGGGCGGACUGAUACGUUGCCGUACCCGAAACAAGGUGCCUCGUUCUACCAUCUCAGCAAGGUGCACGACUCGAACAACAUUGCUUUCGCUUGCAAGGCUUGGGGAAUCCGCGCAACGGACUUGAACCAGGGAGUUGUGUAUGGCGUGCACACAGACGAGACUAGCCUACACGAGGAGCUCAUCAACAGGCUCGACUAUGACGGUGUUUUUGGAACCGCAUUGAACAGAUUCUGUGUGCAAGCAGCGGUCGGUCAUCCCCUGACUGUGUAUGGCAAGGGUGGUCAGACAAGAGGUUAUCUGGAUAUCAGAGAUACAGUGAGGUGUAUUGAGAUUGCGUGCAACAAUCCUGCGAAUCCGGGUGAGUUUCGCGUGUUCAACCAAUUCACGGAACAAUUUUCCGUCAAUGACUUGGCGAGGUUGGUGACGAAAGCAGGGGAGAAGCUUGGGAUUGAGGUGCAAACCAAGAGUGUUCCGAACCCACGUGUGGAAGCGGAAGAGCAUUACUACAAUGCCAAACAUACUAAGCUAGUGGAGCUUGGACUACAGCCACAUUAUCUUGGUGAUGCUCUCCUCGACUCUCUUCUCAACGUGGCUGUGCAAUACAAGGAUCGCGUAGACAUGGACCAAAUUUUACCGGCUGUCUCAUGGAAGAAGAUCAGUGCUGUGCCGAAGACAGUCAUUAAAGCUGAAUGAAGAGUAUUUGAGGGUUACCUCUUUCUUCCGCGAGAAUUGCUGAGCAUCGGUCCCUUUCAGAAAGCUUAUAAAUCCUCGGCAUUAGUGUGUGAAGGUGUAGUUAGUUUUCAGUAAAAUUUGGAGAGGUUACGAGGUUUUAGUGUAACCGUCACCACCAUGAGCAUUGUUAGACUGAAAUGUGACUAUAUAGAAUGUAUAUCAGUUGUAAUUGUCACUCAUUGUGUGAGUUCUGUUUCAUACCGUCAUUACCAGGAUUGUUAAUGCUUAAGAGCUUCAUUUUUGGCAAA